AUGAAGAAUGCAGUGCUGCUCUUCUUCUACGUCGUCUACAAGCUUGGCAUAUGCCGCUGCGUCUGCCAUGUCAUCUCCAAGAUCCUCUGCUCCUGCCUCUCCUGCUCCUCAUCGGCCUGCAAGCACGGCUGCGCGCGUAUCUGCAACAAGAUGAGGAGCAUCAAGGACGCUCGCCGGAGGCGACCGAGAAGAAGGCGCCCCCACCAUGACGACGACGACGUCGAACAAGGGCACUUCAGCUCGAGCGACAGCGACUCCCCAGAAGACACCACCACCACUCGGCACAGGCACGGCACGACAAGGCAUGGCGGCUCUCAAGGUUCAUCAGUGUCAAGGAGGAGGGUUUAUCUGGAGAGGUCCCUCAGGCCGAGGAACCACCACGUCACGGUCGGCAUCGGCCGACGCUCCGCGGUCGUCAUUCAUGGGGUGAGCCACAGGCAUGAUGCGAGUGACAGGGAGCUUCACCAUCACCACGGCAUCAAGGUGACCCACACCUCCCGGUUCGCGCGCAAGGCCAGUGGCAAGAUAACAAAGAGCAGCAGAGCAUAGAAA